AUGAAAAUAUACCUGAAGCGCAGACACAAGGCACACCGGAGCAACAUAACCCAAGAAGACCACUCAACCCACCUGAAGAUACCUGAAAUUACAGGGCCGAGAAAUGCUGCUCCGCAACAGCUACAGACCCAACAGGCAGAUCGCCCCCCCCCCUCCGACAACUGGGCACAGAGUCCCGCAUGGCUCGGCUGGAAUACAGAAACCCUGGACAUACACAGCGGGCACCAGCGGCAUACAAAACCAGCCUGGGCAUCCAGACCUGCUGGGGACGCUUUACUGCCCACCAAGACACUCCUGGUGCUUUCCAGAUAUGGGAAUCGGGUGACGGAUAACUCCUUGACUGGCAUGGGCCUGAUGACUGUUAUUCAAGCUUUAUAA